CCAAAAACAACGACAGUGCUUUGAAGUGAGUGUAUCUCUCACUGUUUAGUGAUACACAUAAAGCGCCAGGCAGUUAAAUUAUUUAUAUUACUUUAUCUUGCUGGUUAAGUUGUCUUGUUGGAAGCCAGCAAUGUGACGCUACCUAAGCUAACGUUGAUAUAACGUCAUUUCCCCUCUUGUUUAAACGGUUAAACUUGAGAGGCACAGCUCUAAUGUUAAACCCUAGCUAAUACAACUAUCAACAAUCCAAAACUAUUGUUUACACCCAGUGUUUUUCCGUCCGAGCGACGUGUGGACGACACCGUGGAUUUACCGAGGUAGACGUUACGCCAAAUUUAAAGUAGCAGGCAUCAGCCGGGGGGGAUUGCCCUCAGCAGAGCAUUAAGCUAGCAGGCUAACACGCGGCCAGGCAACGGUUUGUGGAUUUGUGAAUUAUUCAGCCUUCAUCUGAUCACACACACACUCGUGUUAUUGACUCCGCCGGUCGAAUUGAGCUCUGCCCACCGUCCCGUGCCCUCUGCGUGGAUGGGAGAUAGUUAGUGGAGCUGAAGAGGUAACCAGCGAGCAGUCCUGUUAAACAUGGAGGAUGAAGAGGUUGCAGAGAGCUGGGAAGAGGCAGCGGACAGCGGGGAAAUAGAGAGAAGGCUUGAGGCUAAACUGAAAAUAAAUCAGGAGGCAAAGAAGUUCAGCCUGGGUUCGGGUGGCUCACCUGUUCGAACUGCUAUUGUAAUCCAAGAUGACUCUCUGCCUGCAGCACCCCCACCACAAAUUAGAAUUUUGAAACGUCCCUCAAAUAACGGCACCGCAGGAAACCUUGCAUCCUCGACUCGUCCCUCUCAGCAGAUGAAGUCUCUGGCUCAGAGGGAGGCCGAGUAUGCAGAAGCCCGAAGAAGGAUCUUGGGAAGUGCAUCUUCAGAUGAUACGCCUCAGGACAAUCCAUGCCAGGAGAGGCCAGCUCGUGUGAGCGUGCAGCAACCAUCAGAACCAGUUCGUCCAAACAAUCAUGUGAUCCGCCAGCCCACUGGCCCAGAUGGCACCUCAGGCUUCCGACUCUGCAGAUAAACAAGAACUACAUGCUGCAAGGAAUCAGCUGUCUCCCUGAGAGGGCAUAAAGGGUGGCUGUUAAAGGGGUUGUUUGUGGUAUGAAGAGCAGAGUGGUGGGAUGACACAUAAUUUGACAGACAUUAGAAUUAUGAAGACGUAGCAUGGAUUGAAAUGAACUUCUCCGCCUUCUCUGUACUCUGCUUACUGGCAUGGUCUUUGGCUUUCACCUUGUCUUUUCCUUCUGUGGAACGCUGCAAGGGUCUGGCAGAGAUCAGCCAAAGAUCUGAAACCCCUUCUGUUCCACACUGUGAACAGGCCUUUGCCUCACAUCCCUACACACUGUGAUACUUCGAUGUACCAUGAGGUGCCCUAUGAUUUUAAGUAUGAUUGGCCGGCCGAGCGCCAGGGCAUCAGGUGUCUGCCUCUUCAGGGAGAAUAAGGAGAGCUUGUGAAUCUGUGGGAAUUCCCCGCAGAGGCGCAAGCAAACGAGCUGGCCUUUCCACUGAUGGAGCGUGGAUCAUGGCUGGGUGUCCACCGGGAAGCUGGCCUCAGGUUGUUGGGUCCAGUGGAAAUGAAAUGUCUGACAGUGCUGAGCGUUUACUGUGUGCUCAGCAGCUUUAGUGCAAGGUGAACAAAAAGUCAAACUGAUCCAACACUUUGAGUAAAAGUGCACAGUGCUCAAAAGUGUGUUUUUAUACUGUAGCUGCGACGCAGAGGCUCAGAGCAGCACUUUUCACAGUCCACAGGCCUCUGUUGGCACUGGUGGUUAGGAAAGAAAUGUCCGGUGGGCACGCAGCCUGUGGCCAAAGAUUAUAGAUCAAAAUGUCACUAAAUCUAAUCUUAUUCAAGCAAUAAAGAUGAAUUUAUCCCUAGAUUAUUUUUUACAUACUGCCUAAUUACCUGUGCUGUGUUUUGUUUCAAAUUUAUCUUUUGUUUUAAACGGCUGAAAUUGUUUCUUCAUGUUUGUGUUUUGUGAGACAUAGUAUGUGUUAAGAUCAGUAGUGUAUCAGAGAUUAGAUGAUGUAGCCUGCAAAGGAAACAUUAUUGGUAGUGUCAUAUUCAAUUUUAUCAAAGUGGAAAAAGUCAAAUCUAUUCAUGAAUUGAGAAUCUUAAAUCAUCGUGCAUAAAUGUCCCUGUGUUUGUGUUGCCUUGCUGUUUCUAAUCUGAAUGGCUAUGUUGGAAUUUCUCUUACAGCCAACUGCACUGCAUCGGUCUAGAAAAGAGGACUUUGAUGUGUUUCUGCACCAGUUAAAAUAUAUUGACUGAUUGCGUUAAGAUUGUUUAGUCUUUGGAAAAACAAUUAGAUGCCCAAGCGUAGAAAAUGAUAUAGCCACAUGACAACUGCGUGAUUUUCGAAAAGGUCAGGGAAAUUUGUGGGGAGGACUACAAAAAUGAUCUCACAAAUAAUUAGAAAUCUCCUUUUCUAAUCCGUAUACUUUAAAACAAAGCCAAAUUCCACUGCUUGGUUUUAAGUCUUUAAUGUGGCGGUUUUCACACAAAAGAACACCAUUGUUGGCUGCUGAUUGAAAAUAAAAACUUGCAAAUCAAUAAUCUCAUCAAAUACUGAAGUCAUUUUUGAGCCCUUUGACACUGAUCCCUGGUCAAUCCUAUGUCACUGGGGCACAGUUUAUAACUGCAAGAGUGUUAGGCAUAUACAAAACCAUACUCGGUAAGGGUGCAAUAAUGCUUUUCUUACAGAAGUGUAAGAAAUUUGACCAUCAUUUAUACAAAUAGUUUCCAGUAUCGGUUAAACCAUUGAAAUAUUCACAAUAAAUGUAAUGCAUUGAAACUAUGAUUGAUGGUAAUAACAAACUCAUCAAUAUGGCUUAAAUUGCUGCAUUUGUACCACUUAAUCCAAACUCACUUGUUGUAAAAAAAAAAUCAUCAAAGAAAUAGACUUAGGGUCGGGAGUUCAUCGUCCAUGUCUGGGAAUUGAAGUUUUCCUUUUGUUAUUGUUUGAUGAUAGCAUUGUAAGUUGUCCCUUACAGCUCUAACAUCUCAAUAUUUGUGUUUUAUGAGACACUACUCAUAAUGCAGGAAUCAGUUUCAACUAUUGAAAUAAAAUGGAUUUGGAAUCAUUUCCAAUUGAUAAUUAAAAGCAAACGCCAUCCUGUAUCUGUUCUACACAUGAAGCUUUGUUUCAGCUAUUCACAGCCCCCUGUUUACUUUGAGGCUGAUUUGAUGUCAUUGUCAUUCUGAAACUUGAAAAACAAAUGAAAUUUGAAUACCCUUUAAUAAACACACUUCAAACUUG